AACUCUUGCAUAUGGAAUUACGCAGUUGUUACCUAAAAAAAAAUUGCGCAGUUUGCGUGUUUUGGUUGGAUUUGGAGGCUUUGAUCAAUAAGCUCGUUUGUUUCAGAUGCUCCUUCAUUCCGAUUCAUAAUCACUUUCUGACGUGAUUUUUAUCAGAAGGCUGAAAUACUUUAAAGUUGGCAUUCAUCAGAAUUACACUUUCAGUUCCUGGAACAAUGGCGACUCGCAUGAUCCUUGGAGGUAUCCGGAAACGCACCGUUUUGCUGUCUGCCUCACAUUUUCAGUCACUCUCAUCCGCUUUGAUUAUAGCAGAGCACGAAGGUGGUGCUGUAAAAGCUCCUUCCAUCAGCGCGGCGCGGUUGCGGCUGCCAAGUCGUGGUGAUGAUGCUUCAAUUUCUGUGCUUUUGGCUGGUUCGGGUCCUUCCCUUCACGAUGCUGCUUCGCAUGCUGCUUCAUGCCACCUUCAAUCUCUCAAGGUGCUUGUGGCAGAUUCAGAUAAAUUCAAGAACCCUCUAGCUGAGCCCUUGGCAAAAUUAGUUCAUUUGGCUCAGCAGAGUGGUGGUUACUCUCAUAUUAUUGCCGCUUCAAAUUCAUUUGGGAAAAAUGUGGUGCCACGGGCAGCGGCUCUUUUAGAUGUUUCUCCAAUCACUGAUGUUAUCGAAAUUUCUGAAUCUCAUACUUUUGUGAGGCCUAUAUAUGCUGGAAAUGCCCUUUCAACUGUUCGAUAUACUGGUGCUAACCCUUGUAUAUUGACAAUUAGAUCCACAUCUUUUCCCAUUUCCCAGAAAACAGUUGAUUCAAAAUCUAAUCAGGCUACAAUAUCUCAGGUUGACCUUUCAACAUUUGAUGAAGAUCUUGGCAAGUCUAGAUACAUAUCUCAUACAUCUCAGGAUUCAGAGAGGCCAGAUCUUGGGAAUGCACGUAUCGUUGUUACUGGUGGUCGUGCGUUGAAAAGUGCUGAGAACUUUAAAAUGAUUGAAAAGUUAGCUAACAAGCUUGGUGCUGCUGUUGGGGCCACUCGAGCUGCUGUUGAUGCUGGGUUUGCCCAUGAUCUCCAGGUUGGGCAAACUGGGAAAAUUGUUGCCCCAGAACUCUAUAUGGCAUUUGGGGUGUCAGGAGCUAUUCAACACUUGGCAGGGAUGAGAGAUUCCAAAGUCAUUGUUGCUGUAAACAAAGAUGCUGAUGCUCCUAUAUUUCAGGUUGCCGAUUAUGGACUAGUCGGAGAUCUGUUUGAAGUGAUCCCGGAGUUGCUAGAAAAGCUUCCUGAGAAAAAUUAAUCCAAUAGCUUUCAAUGAUCAAAGUUGUAUCGUUAGAACUUUGUUUACCUCAUUUAAAAAAAAAAUGAAAAAAGAUAUGUGGAUACUAAUUGGCGCUAUACCAGUUAAAGCAAUAUAUGACUUUAACUAUCCAACAACGUAAA